GCCAGAGAAUCAGCAGCAAGCAGGGCAGACGCAGCAGAGAGACAGAGAGAGAGGGAGGAAGAGACAGGGAGAGUGCCAGUGCUGACUACUACUGAGGAGAAGAUAGCUGAGGCAGAGGCAGCUCCAAGAGGAUCUGCUGCCUGGUCUGCACCUCCAGCCUCCACCUCCUCUCCCCCUGCGGAAGGCCAGGUUAGUCCAACAGGAUGGGCUGCACCACUAGCAAACUGGCCUGCCAGCCUCCAACCCAGCCCCCAGGAGCCCCGACCCCUGGACAAGACAAUCAGUCUUUGAGCCAGCUGGAAGCUCAGGGGCCCAAAGGCCCGGAGGUCCUAUCUAGUCUGGAGCGCCUUUCCCAGGCCACGGGCGGCAUGGAGAAGUCCUGGUAUCGCUGCAUCUUCCCCUUUGGCAUCAUCUCGUUGGUGAUCGGUGUGUCGGGCACGGCUGUUACUUACACAUACAAUGACCUGCCCCUGACCAAAGUGGUGACGGUAGUGUUGCUUAUAGCCGGACUGGUGCUGACACUGACCGCCGCCGCCUGCUGGACGGUCCACAAGAGAAAGAAGAGGAAAAAGAAAGAGAGGGCCUCAGGAGCCGGAGGAGGAGGAGGGAGCUCCUUUACCUCAGAGCAGUGCCCCUUGUGAGGAACACCUGGAGCCUGGGAUAUUCUGACCACACAGGGACAUGAGAGGAGAGAAGCCCCAGGAAGGGAGCACCGCCAGGGUGGUGGGCAAGCCACCACCACCAGCCCUCCCUAGUCUUUAUGGAGCCUAGCUGCUCUUGGCUCAGCUCAUAGCUCGGGAAUAGGCGUGGAGAGGAGGAAGAUAAGGACUCAGGAUGAGGUGUGGAGGAGGAG